CUUUCAUCACUUUAGAGGACGAAGUAUAAUAGAAGUCAAUAUUUAACUAGAAAAUGAGUAAAAAAAACGUAUUUUUACGUACUCACAAGCUCACUAUAUUUCAAGCUUAAAAUAAAACUUAUAUCCAAACAAAGUUUCAUUCCCUAUUUAACCCCCUUAGGGGUUGAAUUUUUCAAAAUGGUUUAUUAGUUCUUGUACACAUUAUAAGUUAUAGCUUAUUGGUGUACAAAUUCCAAGGCACUGCGUUGAUGAGUCACUCAGUCAGGACAUACUUAUGCAUUUAUGUGUAUAUUGGCUUUUGCCCGCGACUUCGUCUGCGUGGAAUUAGUAUUUUUAAAAUUAAUCUCUUUUUUAUUCCAUCCUUCUUUUCAUCCUCUAAAGGGAUGACUAAUUGGUCAAAAAUGCGUAAAAAGUAUUUAUUUGUAACGAAAGGUCUCGUGAUCCCUUUUUAAGAAAUUAUUGUUUAUUUAUUUAUUAAUUCACUUCACUGCCACUUCUUCAACGUCUCCAACUUCUUCAGAAUUUAACUUCUUCAAAUUUUCUAACAUCUCCAACUUCUUCCUACUUCUACUUUUCCAAUUUUAGUGACUUCUCGAACUUCAACUUCUUCCACUUUUACUUCCGUUCACAUCUCUCUUUAAAUCCAGUCUGCUUUUCAUUUAUUCCUUAUACAAACUUCCACCUCCAUCUCACCCCUUUUUCACCCUUAAAGGUAUGGCUAAUUGGUUAAAGAUACAUAUACAUGCUUUUUUACGAAAACUUAAAUAGUAAAAGACUUAUGUCCUUUAUUAAAGAAAUUAUCUACAAUGUUUCACCCCAUUUUUACACCCUUAUGGGAUAAUUUCAGGGAUAAAAGCUAUUAUACAUUCUUCCCCACAACUCAAAUUAUCUCCAAACCUAAAUAGGUUUACCGGUUAUUGAUUCCCGAUACAAAUUUCCACGCCCCUUUUCACCCCUCGGGGUGAGUUCUGGGAUAAAAAGUAUCCCGUGUAACCAAUUUUCAACGAAAUCGGUUCAGCGGUUCAAGCGUGAAUGUGAAGAGGUAACAGACAUAUUUCGCAUUUAUAAUAUUAGUAUGGAUAGAUAAAUACAAUGUUCAUGUUUUCAUAUAAAGACACAAGCAUUGAAUAACAGUCCGGUGGUGGUGGUGUGUUGGGUAACCGGGCGGAGACGUCGCGCCGGCGCGCAUGCGCGGCUAGUGGCGUGAACUGUACGACGCGACGCGCGCGCUUGUACCUACCCGUCUACCCGACACCCGGCCGGUCCAGCCUCCCAUUUCGUGAACACCUUUUCAAUUUACUGUAGGUCUUUAUGGACUUUUUAGUGAGUGUUGUGCAACUGAGAUCAAUUUCAAUUUUAACAGGCGGUUAAUAGGUGAAAUUGAAAUUAUUUUUGCAACACCUAGUGCGUCUAACGAGUUUCGUAUGCGGCUAUAGUUUGUGACUAAAACAGAGCAAAGGCAAAAAGUGAAAGAGGACGUUAAGAUUUCAGCUGAAAUUUGGGACAGCAUAAGUAAAAGACAGUUGAAGAGUUGGUGAAGCCAAGGCAAGAUGCGCGUGUUUUCGCGCGCGGUGCUGUGCGCGUGCGCGCUGACGCUGGGCGGCGCAGUGGCAGCGCUGCCGCCCGCAACACUUGGCGACGUGGUUGCCAAUGCCGCGACCAGCCUCAAUAGUAUGAAGGUGACGGGAGCAUGGCGUCGCCUGUCGAGCACGGUGAGCGAGUCCGUGGGGCUGAAGCACGCGCUGCGGCGCUUGCAGGCGGUGCCGGCGCGCGCGGCGCGACUGGUGCACGCGCUGGUGGACCGCAUGCGCGUGGGCGGCGGCCCGCUCGUGUUCACGCAGCACGGCGCGCUGCGCGGCCGCCGCGUCGUGGCUAGGACCGCGCAGCAGGCGCCGUAUUAUAGCUUCAAAGGCAUUAGAUACGCGCAGCCGCCGCAAGGCUCCCUGCGGUUCCGGCCGCCGGCGCCGCUGGAGCCGUGGUCCGGCGUGCGCGACGCGCUGGAGGAGGGCGCCGUCUGCCCGCACCGCUUCAUGCUCUUCGACACCUACAAGGGCGAAGAGGACUGCCUGUUCCUUAACGUCUACUCGCCUGCUCUGCCGGACAAGCUCACUGGGUACAAUCCAAAACUGGCGGUGAUGGUGUGGAUCCACGGAGGUGCGUUCGCGGUGGGCUCGGGCAACUCGUUCCUGUACGGGCCGGACCACCUCGUGGGCGCCGGCGUGGUUCUCGUCACCUUAAACUACAGGCUUGGAGCGCUCGGGUUCUUGAGCCUGGGGAAUGAAGAGGUCUCUGGAAACAUGGGCCUUAAGGAUCAAGUAAUGGCAUUGAAGUGGGUGCGCGACAACAUCGAGCAUUUUGGUGGGGACCCCAAUAAGGUUACCAUCUUCGGAGAGUCCGCUGGUGCCGCCUCCGUACAUCUCCAUAUGCUAUCGCCAGCGUCAAAGGUACCUAGAAUCAACUUAAUGUUUGCAUGUAAAUGUAGGUCUUGAAAUUUGGAGACAAGAAUGAAACUACUUACUGAUGAAAUAAAUAAUACAGAGCUUUUCAGUCGAGUACCGUGUUUAGGCAACGAAGCUUCCUGAGUUGCCCAGGUGAGGUACGAGAUUGAAAACUUGAUUAUAAUAUAUCACUAUUGUAUAUACAAUACUUUUUCUAUGAGUCAACAAAAAUAAUACAUAAAAAUAAAAUCUUUCGCUAUAUGCACGACUGUCACGCAACCUAGAGUCCGCAAGUCUAGGCGAUAACGUCAAUGCACUACAUC